CGCCCCGCGCCGCAGCGGCCGCAGGAUGGCCGAGGGUGUCGGCUGUACCCUCGACUGCGCCUGCCAGCGCUUCCGGCCCGGGAAGAUGAACCACCGCCAGUGCGAGCAGUGCCGGCACGGCUGGGUGGCCCACGCUCUAAGCAAGCUGAGGAUCCCCCCUGUGUACCCCACAAGCCAGGUGGAAAUCGUCCAGGCCAAUGUGGUGUUUGACAUCAGCAGCCUCAUGCUCUACGGGACCCAGGCCAUCCCCGUCCGUCUCAAGAUCCUGCUGGACCGGCUCUUCAGCGUGCUGCCGCCGGCCGAGGUGCUGCGCAUCCUGCACGCGCUGGACUGGACGCUGCAGGAUUACGUCCGGGGAUACGUGCUGCAGGACGCGUCGGGGAAGGUGCUGGAUCACUGGAGCAUCAUGACCGGCGAGGAGGAGGUGGCUGCCCUGCAGCAGUUCCUGCGCUUCGGAGAGACCAAGUCCAUCGUGGAGCUCAUGGCCACCCAGGAGAAAGAGGAGCAGCCCCUCCUGCUGCCCCCCGCCACCGCCAGCAUUGACAUCCGGGCCUUCAUCGAGAGCUGCGGCCAGCGGGGCACCGGCCUUCCCGGCCCCGGGGGCCGGGGGAGCCCCAGCAGUACACACCCCUUCGAGAACCUCGUCAACAACAUGACUUUCCUGCUGCCUUUCCAGCUCCUGAACCCGGUGCCCCCCGCACUGAUAGGGGCGCUGCCUGAAGCCUACCUGCUGGAGCAGGCCCCGGCCCCCCAGCCCCAGCCAGAGGACGGCUCCGCCAUUCCCAAGUCCCCGCCGGGGCCGGCUGAGAAAGAGCCGUGUCUGGCCUAUCCCGAGACUGUUAAGAAGGAAGGCGGCGCCAGCCCCUACCCCACUGUCACCCAGAUGGAGGGGACACAGCUGUCCCCCGAGGCCAAAGUGAAGUCGGAGCGGAGCGGCCUGGGCACCAAGAAGGGCCGAGUGUUCUGCGCGGCCUGCAAGAAGACCUUCUACGACAAAGGCACGCUCAAGAUCCACUACAACGCCGUGCACCUGAAGAUCAAGCACAAGUGCACCGUCCAGGGCUGCAACAUGGUCUUCAGCUCGCUGCGCAGCCGCAACCGCCACAGCGCCAACCCCAACCCGCGGCUGCACGCGCCCGCCAACCGCAACAGCCGGGACAAGGACCUGCGGCACAGCCUGGGCCUGGCCGCCCGCGCCCCACGCCCCGCCUUCCCGGGGACCCCGCCCGCCUGCCCCAGCCUCGGCCACCACGGGGUGCUCUUCCCCAACCUGAGGACGGUGCAGCCCGUCCUGCCUUUCUACCGCAGCCCGGCCACCCCGGCGGAGCUGGCCCACACGCCCGGAGUGCUGCCGUCCCUGCCCCUGCUGUCCUCGGCCAUCCCGGAGCAGCUGGCCUCCACCGCCAUGCCCUUCCACGCCUUGCCCAAGAAGAAGUCCCGGAAGUCCAGCAUGCCCAUCAAAAUCGAGAAGGAGGCCGCGGAGCUCGUGCGGGAGAAGAGGCUCAGUUCGGACGAGGAGCCGCCCCUGCAGGGCGCCAGCGGGGAGGAGCCGGAGGCCUGCAGUCCUGGGGCCACCAGCACGCCCCCGGGGAGCCUGCGGUCGGGGCUGGCCCUCCCCGAGGCAGAGAGGCCUCACCACGGUGGAUCCGGGCCAGAGUCCAGGGGCGGCCUCGGCCGCAGCCCCGAGCCAGCCACCUGCCACUCAGAGAGGGGCGGUGAGCAGGCGCCAGGCCCGACAAAGGCCCCCAGGGAGGAGGAGGAUGGUGUCCGGGAGCGGCCGCUGCCCCCCGGGGUGGAGCCCUGCAUCUCGCUGCAGGGGCACAUGCUGGCCGGCGGGCUCUUCGGUGCCCUUUCCCCCAGAGGGCUGGCCUUUCCCGGCCUCGAAGACCCUAGAGAAUUGGAGCCGGGUGGCCAGCGGAUGUUCUCCAGCAAGGAGGGGGAACCCCGCUUCCAGUGCAACGUCUGCAAGAAGACCUUUAAAAACGCGUGCGGGGUGAAAAUGCACCACAAGAACAUGCAUGCCAGGGAGACCCACGCGUGCACGGUGCAGGGCUGCAGGGCCACCUUCCCGUCCCGCAGGAGCAGAGACAGACACAUCUCCAACCUCAACCUCCACCCGAACGUGCUGAGCCAGGAGGCGCUGGAGAGCAGCAGAGGCCACUUCCCGGCCGCCUACCUGCAGAAGGACGCGGCCACGGCAGCCUACCCGGGCGCGGCUCUCGCGCAGCCAGCCCCCCAGACUUCGGUCAUCUUCCAGGGAGCCAGCCGGAUGGGCGGCCUGGGCUGCCCCCUGGCCCCGGUCCGCAGUGCGGACCUGGAGGGCUACGCAUCCCGGCCGGCCAGCGAGAGCGCUGUCCUGGACCUGAGCGCCGCUUCCAGCGUGAAGUCAGAGGGCAGCAGCCGCUCGUCCUGGGACUCCGACGGGGCGAGCGAGGAAGGCAGGGUGCUCCUGGAGGACAGCGACGGGCCCUGCGGAGGGCCCAGCCCGGCCCCCGGGGAGGACGAGCACCCCCUCUGUGUCCUGAUGGCCAAGGCCGACCCGAACCUCACCAGCCUGCCGGCCGGGCCACCCACCACCUGCCAGCUCUGCCGGAGGAGCUACAGCAGCCAGGGGGCCCUGCGGGCGCACCACAAGACCGCGCACCUGCGCCAGCUGCACAAGUGCCGAGUCCCGGGCUGCGAAACCGCGUUCUCGUCGGUGCGCAGUCGCAACAGACACAGCCAGAACCCCAACCUGCACAGAAGCCUGGCCUCCUCACCGAGUCCCCCCCAGUGACGACCGGAGGCCCAGGUGUGGCGGCCGCCGCCAGGCCUCGGGAAUACGGUCGUCCAAAAAAAAGGCUUCUGACUCUGCUCCAGACUGGGGCCGGGGCGCAAUGCGGGGCUGACCCCUGGUCCACAGCAGGGUGAAGCCGGUGGGAGGCGGACGAGCAGCCCCGCCUGUUACUUCUCUGUGCCCAAGAGGUUUCUCACUGACAAAAGGAAAACUGGCAGGAAGGCUGUUCCCCAGGUUUGUUUACACAUUCCCUGGGAGAGCUGGGGCCUGCACACCCCGUCAGGCCGCACCCACGGGUCUGGCCAUGGGCCUGCAGAGCGAAAGGUCAAGCGGCCGUCGCGGCUGGAGCCGACGUCUGCCGUUCUCAGCCCUGCUUCCCCAGCCGCAUCCCAGGCCGAAGAUGUCUUUGGGGCUCUGCCUGCGCUUGGAGCGGUGAAGGGCAUUUCUGGGUCCCCACUGGGGCCUCAUUGCUUCCUUCAGGGAGUCCCGAGGGGGAGCAGGGUGCCUCUUAACUCACAGGAACUUGGGUGUCCCCAGAGACUGAGCCUUGGCCUGUGACACGAGUUCAGGAAGCAGUGAUCCCUUGCUCUUGAAAGUAGGUUCUUCAAUUUAAUUUAACAUUUGAUAAUAUUUAAUUUGUGUUUGUUUGGGUGCUCCUGGGCGCGCCCGCGUCUGCCCCGCCACCCCGUGACCCCAGCUCUAGAAAGGACCACGUUCACGGUGCGGCUGGUGCUCACAGGGGCGCUUCUGUCGGGCCUGGGUCUCAGGGUCCCGGGUCCCCAGCUGGCACCGCUAGGAAGCCGCGGCCUGAUGCUCUCGGCUUCCGCGCCAAGGGGAAGCUGGGGCCUGAGCGCCGAGCGUCUCUACUUACCACCUUCCGCGAGACAGCCCGGGCGCCCCACGCUAGCUGCGGCGGGCAGGACGCCGGCCGGC